CUUUGUUUUGGUUUUGAAUUGUUCAUAAAAACCGGUUUAACGCCGAAAAAUAUAAAUACCGUGCAAGGUGGAAGCAACAUAACUGCAUCUCCGUUACCUCCCAGGCAUAUAAAACCAUUAUCUACUCUCACAGACGUGCACCGCACUCACCGAUGCCAAAAAGAAAGUUUUGACGCAAUCUCUGACCAAUUGACGAAAAAGACUAAGCGACACCCAAUUUACCUUCCCAGUCAAAAAUGCACUCUGAAUCUGAGCAGACGUAGCUUAGGCUUAGCAGUACUCAAAAAGAAAACCCAACCACAUAUCCCAGUGCAUUUCAGGGGUCCAGCUGAGACAAGACAACAACUAAAGAAGAAAGAAACAAAAGUGAAAUCGCUGAUAAACCGGAAUGAAUAAAUAAAUGAAUGGGAGAGAUGACAAUAGCAACGACAUCAGGAAGUCAACUGUGCAUGACACUUAAAUGCCAUUGACAACGAGUCAGUCAGCAAUAAAAAGUGAAAUCGCAUUCACGCACUCGCGCACGAUUCCCCCAUCGAUCCAUACAUCCGUCCAUUCAUUCAACACAGAAGACACACAGAAAAUUAUAUUCACACCAUGACGGCAACCGCAACAUCGAGUGGAGGGUCUGGGGCAGCUGCAUCGCCACGACGCGUGCACAGUGCCCGCGAGCAACUGCAUCAGAUUGUUUCUGGCGGUUUGGCAGCAGCCAUAACCCGUUCCACCUGCCAGCCACUGGAUGUGCUUAAAAUCCGCUUUCAAUUACAAGUUGAACCCUUAGGAAAGGGCAGUGGUGCAAGCAGCAAAGCAUCAUCCAAAUAUGUAUCAAUUGGUCAGGCAGUACGCACCAUUUAUCAUGAGGAGGGUGUAAUGGCCUUCUGGAAGGGUCACAAUCCGGCUCAGGUAUUGAGCAUAAUGUACGGGAUAUGCCAAUUCUGGACGUACGAGCAAUUAAGUCUGAUAGCGAAACAGACGAAAUACCUCAAGGAUCACCAGCAUCUAUCGAAUUUCAUGUGCGGCGCAGCGGCUGGUGGGGCAGCGGUUAUAAUAUCGACACCAUUGGAUGUGAUUAGGACCCGUCUAAUUGCUCAGGACACGAGCAAGGGCUAUCGGAAUGCCACCCGAGCUGUAUCCUCGAUCAUACGUCAAGAAGGGCCACGGGGCAUGUAUCGAGGGCUUUCGUCGGCUUUGCUUCAAAUUGCCCCUCUGAUGGGUACUAAUUUCAUGGCCUAUCGCCUGUUUAGCGAAUGGGUUUGUUCCGCCUAUAAGGUGGAGGAUCGUAGUCAAUUGCCAACAUGGACCCUAUUGGUGCUGGGUGCCUCAUCGGGCAUGUUAUCAAAGACUAUUGUCUAUCCUUUUGAUUUGAUUAAGAAACGCUUGCAAAUUCAGGGUUUCGAAUCGAAUCGUCAGACCUUUGGGCAAACUCUACAAUGCAAUGGGGUAUGGGAUUGCCUUCGUUUGACGGUACGCCAAGAAGGCGUACGAGGUCUAUACAAGGGCGUGGCUCCCACGCUGCUCAAGUCAGGCCUGACGACAGCCUUGUAUUUUAGCAUUUACGAUAGACUCAAGCAGGUGCGAUUAUUUUAACUACUCAUAAACAUCAGGUGAAACAGCAAAGCUAAGCAAAUCUUAAAUCGAAAAUCCAGUAAGAAUCUUUAGAAAAUACUUUCUAUUUUUAUACGUACAAUAUACACAUACAUAUAUAUUGCACAAUGUAACUAAUCUAUAUAAGGCUUAGUUCAAGUGUUAUUUAGUUUUCGAGUUUGUGUGCAUACGGGUAACUUAUAAUUUUAUUUUACUUUCUUUUGUUUAAUAAUAAUUAUUAUUAUAGUUUUAAGCAUUGCUUAAGGCACAACAAUAUGUGAAAUAAAUGUGCAACACAACUAGUUACGCACAUUGGAAAUUUAA